CGGACACUGCCGCUGCGGUAACAGACCGCCAAGACAUAUGAAACCAGGCCACAAAUCUCAACUUCACAGUUCAACGACACGCCUCAGACAACCUGCGGCCAUCAUCACAGCAUCUCUAGGACAGGCUUAUUUCAGGUCUGGAGAGAUAUCAUUGAUUUGAUCAUCUCUGUUACUCUAAGAUAGAGUAACCCACCGUCAAGAUGCCUCCACCACCGCAUAUCCGGCCUGAGAAUGUGCUCAGACGAGCACAAGAGCUCAUGGCCGUUGACCAAACACAAGCCGCUCUCACUGUCCUUCACGAACAUGUCACCUCGAAGCGCUCCCGGAACAGCCCCAUCGCCUCCCUUGAGCCGGUUAUGCUCCUUUUCGUCGAAUUAUCCGUCGAUCUGCGAAAAGGAAAGUCUGCGAAGGAUGGACUCUACCAAUACAAGAACAUUGCACAAAACACCAACGUCGGGACCAUCGAAUUGGUUUUGAAAAAGUUCAUUGAGCUUGCUGAACAAAAGGUCCAAGAGGCGCAGGCCAAAGCAGAUCUGGUACAGUCUUCCUUGGAACAAAAGGACUCGACAAACCUCAACAUCGAAGAUCUCGAGGCCACCGAGACACCAGAGACUAUUCUCCUCGCCACUGUCUCUGGAGAGCAGUCCAAAGACCGGACAGAUCGAGCAAUCGUUACACCAUGGCUCAAAUUCUUGUGGGAAACCUACCGUACCGUCCUCGAAAUCCUGAAGAACAAUGCCAGACUCGAGGUCAUGUACCAGAGCACGGCCCACCAAGCCUUCGAUUUCUGUCUCAAAUACACCCGCAAAACCGAGUUCCGUCGUCUCUGCGAACUUUUGCGCAACCACGUCCAGAAUGCGGCGAAAUAUUCUUCUCAGAUGCACGCAAUCAACCUCAAUGAGCCCGAGACGUUGCAACGCCAUCUGGAAACCCGCUUUCGACAACUGAACGUGGCUGACGAACUUGAACUCUGGCAAGAAGCUUUCCGCAGCGUCGAGGACAUUCACAUGCUCUUGACUCUGUCCAAACGUCCGGCAAAAAAUGUCAUGAUGGCAAACUACUACGAAAAGCUUACCAAGAUCUUCCUUGUCAGCGAUAACUUCCUCUUCCAUGCCGCGGCCUGGAACAAAUACUACAAUCUCCUCCGUCAAUCCGCCACAGCCAUGGCCUCUGGGCAAGCAGUCAAGCGUGACAACCCCACCGUCACCGAGGAUUCCCUGACAAAGGCCGCUUCAUUUGUCUUGCUUUCAGCCCUUGCCAUCCCGGUCAUCAGCACUUCUCGUUCGCGUGGCGCCCUUGUCGAUGUCGACGAGGCUCGCAAGAACAAGAACAACAGACUGACGAACCUCCUGAGCAUGCACUUUGCACCCACCAGAGCUGCGCUCUUCAAGGAUGCACUGAACAAAGGACUGCUCAAGAGAGUGCGGCCCGAGAUCAGAGAUCUUUACAACAUUCUUGAGGUCGAUUUCCAUCCUCUUGUGAUCUGCAAGAAGAUUUCUCCCAUUCUCACUCAGAUUGGCGCCGAUCCUGAGAUGGAGAAAUAUGUCCUGCCGCUACAGCAAGUCAUCCUUACUCGCCUGUUCCAGCAACUUUCCCAGGUUUAUGAAUCCGUAGAAUUGAGCUUCGUCACCAAGCUGGCUCAGUUCCCUGCUCCUUUCGAGGCCACCCCUGCCAUGAUUGAAAAGUUCAUCAUGAACGGAUGCAAGAAGGGCGAUCUGUCCAUCCGCCUCGACCAUGUCUCCGGCAUUCUGUCAUUCGACUCGGACGUCUUCUCCUCUGCCAAAGCCCUCCACCCAGGCAGCUCUGCAGGUUCCGCAGAGAGUGACAGUGGAUCCGUUCAGCGACUCCAAAACACUCCUGCUGAAAUUGCUCGCUCACAACUUAGUCGCCUGGCCAAGACUCUGCACAUCACUUGCAUGUAUGUGGAUCCCUCAUACAAUCAAGCGCGUCUUGCCGCACGGGAAUCAGCUCUGGCUCGUGCUCAGGCUGGUGCCCAACAAGAACAUGAAGAGACGCUUGAGAGACGUGUCGUCAUUGAGAAGAAGAAAGAAGAGGCUUCCGAAGCACUCUCAAAGAAACAGAGGGAGGAGGAGACUCGUCGUCGUAUCCGUGCACAACAACAAAUAGAGGCUGAGGCCGCCCGUCUACGGGAAGAAACCAAAGCACGUGAACUCAAACGUGUCAAGGAUGAACAAGAUCGCAUUCGUCGACAAGAAAUGGAAAAGCAGCUGCAGGAGCUCAAAGGUGGCAUGAAGAUUGACCUUGAAGACAUCAACGUCGAUGAGCUUGACUCCAAUGCCAUUCGAAUGUUGAAGUUGACCCAACUCGAGAAAGACAAGCGCGAAAAGGACGAGAAGAUCCGUGUGACGGCUAAGCGAAUCGAUCAUCUCGAACGUGCUUUCCGCCGCGAAGAGCUGAAAUACGGAACUACAGACUAUGAAAAGCAGCGUGAGGAGGACAUCAAAGUCUAUGAAGAGACAAAGAAAGAAACCCUGGAGGAAGCUCAACUCAAGCACAAACAAGGUUUGGCCCUCAAGCAUCGUCUUAGCAGGCUUGUCAAGCAAUAUGAUAGCUUCAAGGGGAAGAUCAACGAACAACGCUCGGCGGAGUUUGAGAGACUUCGCAAGAAGGCUGAACGCGAGUUCGAAGAGGAGAAGCGCAAACGUAUCAAGGCAUACCAAGAGGAGAAAAUCCGACAGCAAGAAGCUCAAGAAGCUGAAGAGCGUCGUAUCCAAGAGGAAGAGGAGGCCCGAGCGCGUGAAGAAGAGGAGAGAGCAAAGGCCGAAGAAGAGAAGAAGAGAGUUACUGCCGAGAGACAGGCCAGACUUGCUGCUGAACGUGCCGAACGUGAUGAAGCUGCCCACAAGCAAAUGCAACGAGAGGAAGAAGCCGCGGCCAGGAGAGCCCAGCGAAAAGGAGCCGGUCCAGAGCCAUUCUCCCGACCAAAAGAAGCAGCUCCUCUGGAAACACCGACCGAAUCGCAAGACGGCCCACGCACUGCUCCACGUCUCGCCUUGGGAGGGAAGCCCAGCUGGCGUGAAAGAGAAGCCGCAAGACAAGCUGCUGGAGCGUCCGGUGAAGCACCCGCUGAAGCACCAGCUCCUGCCCAAGAAGCUGCUCCGGCACCAGCGCCUACCCGUAGCGGUUACGUGCCUCCUCACCUUCGUCAAGCUGGUGGCGCACCUCCUCGUGGAGAUGGCCCGCCGCCAGCUCGGGACUUCCCUCCUCGGGACCUUCCUAUGCGCAACACAUCGGGCUCGCCCGCUAAUGGCGCUCCUGGCGGCCGGUAUGUUCCAUCGCACAUGAGAGACGGUGGUCGCACUCUGUCGAGAGAAGACGCUGGAUCACCUGCUCACGGUAGUGGCGACGAUUCGCCCGCGCCCACACCUCUUCGGAAGCCUGCGGCCGGAGGAUCGACAGGAGGAAGAUACGUCCCUCCCAGUAUGCGCAAUCGUCAAGGGUAAGCUGGUGAGGGACAGACACUCGUUGUUUCUUAAAAGGGGUUCAUGUGUAUUUUAGUCUGGCAAUCUUGGUCAUACCUUUCGUUCUUACCAGGGAUGAGGAGAUGGCACGACGGUAGUAUGGUGUGGAAUGUAUGGUAGUGAAUGGAAAGGCAUUGAUCAUAUUUC